UUGGCAGCCGCUGUAGGUUGCUGAGGAGGGAAACGUGCCGGAAGUGACGUCGUGCGGCCUAACUAGCGCGUGUGUAAUAGGCGCCGGCAGUCUCACUCUCCAUCCUGUGUGCUGCUGCGUGAUAUUGGUCUGAGGGAGGUGCUCGGGCGGCGGUAUUAACAUGGUGAAGCUCACGGCUGAUCUGAUCGAGCAGGCAGCACAGUACACCAACGCGGUGCGGGAUCGGGAGCUGGAUCUGCGGGGCUACAAAAUACCAGUUAUUGAGAAUCUUGGUGCCACAUUGGACCAAUUUGAUACAAUUGAUUUCUCAGACAAUGAAAUCAGGAAAUUGGAUGGUUUUCCUCUCCUGAAGAGACUUAAAACUUUAUUAUUAAACAAUAACCGGAUAUGCCGUGUCGGUGAAGGUCUUGAACAGGUUUUGCCUAGUAUAACGGAACUGAUUCUCACAAACAAUAAUAUUAUGGAACUGGGUGAUCUGGAUAAUCUGUCAACACUUAAAAAUCUCACCUAUCUCUGUUUAUUAAGAAAUCCAGUCAUUAACAAGCGGCAUUACAGACUGUAUGUGGCUUACAAAAUACCACAGGUCCGAGUGCUUGACUUCCAGAAGGUCCGAAUGACCGAGCGAGAGGAAGCAGCGAGUAUGUUCAAGGGCAAGCGGGGUGCACAGCUUGCAAAGGAUAUUGCCAAGAGAUCAAAAACGUUCACACCUGGUGCAGGCUUACCUACAGAAAAGAAGAAGGCUGGCCUCUCACCCGCUGAUGUUGAGGCUAUCAAGAAUGCCAUUGCCAGUGCUACUACCCUGGCGGAAGUAGAGCGGCUCAAAGGCCUGCUGCAGUCUGGGAUGAUUCCUGGGAAAGAACAGCCUCCUGGAACGGAAGUGUUCAUUUCAGAGGAAGCAGAUGAGGAGAUGGAGGAAGACAUGGUUGUAAAUGGGUCCUGAGUGUUUGCCUUUUUAAAUGUUUAUUUACAAAACUUUGUUUUACUGUAAAUGUUCUUCUGUAAAUUUAACUCCAAUAAACAAUUUCUGUAUUUCUA